AAACCUCAUCCUGUAUUUCUGUCUUCUCUUUCUACAGCCUCUGCAAAAAAAAAAAAAAAAAACAAAAACAAAAAACAAAAAAAACCUCACACUUUCAUGAAGAAAGGUGAGGGUUAUAAGUAUAUUCUCAAUGGUAGGAAAUAUGUUCUUGUAAAGAUAUUCUAUUGCCUAUUUAUACAAAAAGCAUUAAAAGUUAGUCACAGCUGCUAUUAGCCACUUAAGUGUUAUAGAACAAAACAUCCUUUGUAUAAAUUAGUGUCACUUUGAGGUCAUAGAGGUGAUGUGGGCAUUAAAAACUGAGAGCAUCCUAGAUGUUCAGAGUCAGGCUGUGCAGGAUGAAAGUGUUACUGCAAGGAUGUCUUUUACUCAGCAAAUCCUUUCUCAUUACGUUGGCAUUCUAAAGUGUUCUGAGGGAGAAGAAACGAGAAAUUAGGAUCUAGACUUCCUUUUACCUGGAAAUACAGUCCAUCUGGGUUUUGAAUACAUAAGCAUCACUAAGUCAAGGACUGAUUGGGCUGUUGGAUGAAACUGACAUCCGGCUCUUAGCAGUGUGCUGGGGUUGCAAAAUGGUCCUCAAUACACACCACUUGAUACUGCAUCAAGAAAAGGCUAACCCCCCAAAUGGGACGUAUCUCUCACCCCUAGCCUCCAAGGAUCAGAGAACAUGAAGGAAGAGGAGGCAGAAAGAUUUUGAGAGCAGCGGCCAGGGAAGAAUGCCACAAGACUCUGGACAUGAGGAGCCUUUGUGCUUGUAAACACACUGCCCCUGUGGACGCCUGUACACGAUCCAAUCAGUGAACAUCCCAGGGCCGGUGGGGUGAUGGAUGGGUGGGGACCUACAGGGUCCCACCUCCAGCUGAAGAGCUAUGGACAGUUGAUGGCUGCCAGGGAAGGGAGAGUCAGUUUGCAGUAGUGCAAUCUCUUAAGUUGCUUUUAGGCCAGUGGGUGUCCCUGCACCCCCGAGGCAAGGGGCACCUCUACUUGGACUCUGGCUUAUAAAGCAAAAGAAGAUAGGAAAUUGAAAGAGGGCAUCUGAGAGAAGUUGGGUGAGGAAAAUGUAGCGUGGAGUGGAUAUGAUCAGAGGGCAUCGUGUAUGUGUGCGAAAUAAAGAAAACUUGAGAGGCACAGCUGCGCUGCUAAUCUUCAGCAACACCUCAGGAGUUGCUAAGAGCCUUGGGGUUAGGAAGUGUGAGUCACAGCAGGUGCCCUUUCCAGCUUUGCUUUCCCCAUCUCAUAGAGAAUGAGUCACUGUCUCCCAAUAGGAUCAGGCACGGAGAAUGGUGGCUUCUGUUUUCUGGGUUCAGUGAUGGUCAUUCUUAGUCUUCUUGCUGGAUCCCCAGUAGGAGGAUGGCGGAGGAGGCUAUGUCCCCUUCACACUGGAAGGUGAAGACACGGAGAUGAGUUACAGGAAUAUGUAAGUAAAAUUGAAAAGAUAUUACUCACUCUGAAUUAUCCUUGAAGAGGUAAAGUAGCUAGGAUUUUUGUUGCUGUAGCACUGCAUGUCAUAAACCAGUCCACAGUAAAAUUGAGAGACAAACUAGAAGCUUGUUUUUCCCAAAAAUAGAAUAAACUGCUUAAGAAAAACAGAAAGUGUGUGAUAUAGGCAUUACCACCAAGGCAGGGUUUGGUAUAGGAAGAAAAAAAAAUUCAUAAAAACUUGUCUUAUACAUACUUGCUUUGUGAAAAUACAUUGAGGAUAAUUUAAUUAUUCAGGGGCCAGCAUGUAGCCUAAUGGUAGAGUCCAUGCUUUCCAUGUUUGAGGCCUCAGAUUCAUCCCCAGCCUCACAAAAAUAUUUUCUUCCUAUAUCUCUAAAGUCAAAUGGGAGGUUUUUAUUAAUUCUAAGUGUAAUAGAAAAUAAAAAUAAGUUGUAUUCUGGAUUCUUUAACAGUGAACUCCUAAGUUGAGCCUAUCAAAUUCUCUUGAACUUGUAACCAUUUGCCUUUUUAUAAUGAGAGUUUCUUAAAUUUGGUAAGAGACUUACCAUUUUGAUUCAGUCCCCUGGUCAGACUUGUGUCCAGGUACCUGGACAGCAUCCCAUCACGUGGAGGUAACCACCUAAAAGUGGGAUGGUAUCAGAAGUUAGUCAUUUGACUUGAAGCCAUCUGUGCCCUCUCCUGGAGCCAGCUUAUCUCAUAGCUUUUGUUAUUCUCCUCCACCAUUUUUGUCCAUCUCCUUGAAUAUUGUAAUUUUACUCAGCCAUUCAUUGGAUGAAAAUUGGACAUGCUGCCAAAGAAACAAAUAGAAACUUGGUGUACAUCCAUCUAUUAAGGCGGGCCCUGGGCCGAUGGCUCUGUCUGUUCCGGCAGUAUGCUUGCUUUCAUAGAGUUAAAUGUGCCUGUCCUAAUGGACAGUUCAGCCUUGACAUACCAAUGUCACCAUCACUAAAAGUCAAGACAGAACAUUUUCUUCAUCACAGCAUGCAUUGUCUCCCUCUGCAGUCGGUGACCCCUGAAUCACACCCCCCCCCCCCAGGUAACCACUGAUCUAGACUGUCCCUGGGGAUUCAUUUUGCCUGUUGUAGAAUUACAUUUAAGUUGAAUCAGAUGAGAUAUACUCCUGUAUUGAGGGGUUUUCUUUAACUUAACAUGUUUUGACAUGUGUGCUGUUGUAUUUACCAAUAGUUUGUUCUUUUUAUUGGUGAGUAGUAUUCCAAUUAUGAUAUACUUAUUAUGCUAAAUAAUAAGCUACAAUUGGCCAAUCUGUGUAUCUGUUGACGGGUAUUUGAGUUAUUUCCAGCGUGACUAUUUUUGAAUAAAGCUACUGCAGACAUUUAUAAACAAAUUGUGCGGACCCGGGUUUUCAUUUCAUUCUUUUGUUAGUGGUGGUUUGCUUUGGUUUUUUGGUUUCUCAAGAGAUGGUAUCUCUGUGUUGUUGUCCAGUUUUCAUAAGAAACGGUCAGCCGGGUUCUUGAGCAAGUGUACCAUGUUAGAGUCCCACUAGCAAUGUGAGAGCCCUGCUUUCCCUGCUGCCUCACUCACAGUAUUGACAGUCUUUAUUCUCAAGGCAUUACUGCUGAUCAGUUUGCAUUUUCCUGUGAGUAGUACAGUUAAACACUUUAAAAAAAAACAAAAACAACAAAACCUGUUCAUGCAUUUUUGUGUGUGUGUGUGUAAUAUUUGUUAGUUUUUUGGCCAGUUAAAAAAGCCAAAUUAUCAUUAUUAUUAGUAGUAGUAGCAGUAAUAGCAGUAGUAUUUGCAGAGUGUUAUUACCCUCAUUAUUAUUACCAUUAGCAGUGAACUCAGUAUUUGCCAGAGUCUGGUAGUGUUAGUUUUAGUAGUAAUAUUUGCCAGAGUCUAGCUGAAUUUUCCCAGGUGGGCUGGAUUCUCAGUGUAGAAAGGCUGACCUUGAACUUGCCUCAACCGUUCCUCUUGAGAGCUGGAAUUACAAGUAUGUACCAACCAGUCUUAGCUAGGCUUUCUGUUGCUGUGUGAAAGACCCUGACCCAAAGCUACUCUUCAGCUUACACUUCCAUCACUGAGGGAAGAUGGGGCAGGAACCUGGAGGCAGGAACUGAGGCAGAGGUGCUGGAGGAACACUGCUUACUGGCUUGCUCUUCAUAGCUUGUUAAAAAACUGCCCUAUAGUACCCAGGACCACCAGCAGUGAGCUGGGCCCUGGCACAUCAAUCAAGGAAACAUAGCACAGACCAAUUUGAUGGGGGGCACUUCCUCAAUUGAUGUCUCCUCUUCCAAAAUAAUUCUAGCUUGUGUCAAGUUGACAGAAAACUAGCCAACACACCACCCGCACUCCUGGUUUUGCUUUGUUGAUUUAUGAGAAUUCUUUAUGUAGUGACACAAAUUUUUCUAUGUAUUUAUUAAAGAAUCUACUCCAAUCUGCCUUGUCUUUUCAUAAUAAUGUCUUAUAAGGAAAAAUGUUGAAUUUAGGUUAAUAGCAACUUGACAACUUUUGUCUUUCUUUCGACUGCAUUUCCUGUUUUUCUAAGACAUCUUAACUUUUCCCAAAGCAUGUCUGGAAGUUGUGGUAAAGUUUUGUUGUUUUUCAUUUUUCUGGGCAGGAACUCACUGUGUGGCUCUCCCCUCUCUUCUCUUUCCCUUCCCAUGUUUCGAGGCUGUGACUACGUGAGAUGUGUGACCACCAGAAGCUUUCCCUCUUGUCUCCGGUCAAUACUCAGUGCCCAAGUACACACUGAUGAAGACUUUCAUCUUGAACCAGGCUCCACAGCAGGGUCUGCCUCCUGUUUGUGGAUCAAGAUGUGUGAGCUCUCAGCUGCUGCCCUAUGCCUCCCUGCUGCCAUGCUCCCCAACGUGGUGAUAGACUCGUCCCUUUGGAACUGUACCUGGGCUCAAAAUUCACUUCUGGGCUUUCUGGCCCCUGGACUUAAUAUAACAGUCUUCUGGACAGAGGGAAGAAGCCCCUCUUCUGCAGUUUGUCGUCAGACUGAAAACCAAGAUCAGGUUCACAGACAGGAAAAGAGGAUGUGCUGCUUGGAGUCUACAGAAAAUCCCCAUCCAGGUCCCCACUCCACUCCACAGGCAUUGUCUCUGCAGAACCUCCCUCUCUGCAAUUGUCCUCUGCCAAGAGAUGUGCUUGCUGGGAGAAAAAUCAGCCUCCAGAUUGCUGGAAGAUUUGUUGAGUUUUUCUUUCUCCUUUGUCACCUGGUUCUUCAAACUAAAAUACAAAUUACAUCCUGGAGAAGAAAGGAGGUCACAUAAAUAAGGUGGCUGCGGCUGAUGAAAGGGAUUCUACAAAGGAGGUGACAUUUUGUUUGCUGAGCUGCUGUAAUGAGAAUGUGUGGGUUUCAAAGCAUUUAAGCUCUGUUGAUGACUUUGGUAAAGAUUGUUUCUAAUAUAUGUGUGUUAUAGAAUUUUUGAAAAACACAGACAAAUACAAGAAGAAAA